GUGUCAAUCAUUAUGAAUGCCCAGCCUUAACGGUAGCACGUUACCUCCUGCUGUAAACUCGGACCUGCUCUGAGAAUCUCUACAACCGGUUGCAGACUCCUUGACCCCACCCCUUCCUUACUACUGAUCUCACCACUACCAUCAUGUGUAACAAGACAUCAGUAGGAGAGAACCAACUCCAGAGGAUUAUCAGAGAUCUACACGAAGCAGUGACUGAUCUGAGUAAGGAACACAGAGAGACGGGUGAACCAAUCACAGACGACAGCCCCAACCUGCAUAAACUGUCCUACAAACUAGAGUACCUUCUACAGUUUGACCAGAAGGAGAAGGCGGAUUUCCUAGGCAGCAGGAAGGAGUACUGGGAUUACUUCAGAGAGUGUCUUGCCAAGACCAGAGGAGUUAAUGACGGCCUGCGGUUUGUCAAGGCUAUACCAGAGUUAAAGACGUCCCUGGGUAAAGGUAGAGCGUUUCUCCGCUAUUCUCUGGUCCAUCAGCGUCUGGCUGAUACCCUACAACAGUGUCUACUCAACCACGAGGUUACCAGUGAGUGGUACUUUGCUCGCAGUCCCUUCCUGAAGUCUCACCUCAGCAGUGACAUCAUCAGUCACCUGUAUGUUCUCAACGAGGUCCAGUUUGACGUGGCAUUCAGAGGUCACGACCUCGAUGCCGAUUGGCCCACAUUCGCCAGGAGGACUCUGGGGUCUAACUCCGCCCACCUCUGGAAACCUCCCAGUCGCUGUUCCAGUGUCAACAGCCUGGUCAGCUACUCAGGGUUGCAGGAGUUCAAAGGUCAAGAAGGCGGUUCCAGUUUGCUGGCUGACCUGGGGGAGGAGUUAGGGGAGCAGGGGGAGGAGCUACUUGGAGUCCCCACUCCCUGCACUGCCGCAGACGACCUACGCAUCCAGGUUGACCAUUCAGAGCUCAGACAGCAGGAGCUGCUGCACCAAUCAGAGGCGAGACAGGCGAAAUUGCUACAGCGAGUCAGAGAGCUAGACCAGGAGGCAGAGGGGCUGAGGGAUGAGGUCAGAGAGCUGCAGGGGAAGCUAUUGGCUCACAACCAGGAAGCUGUGGCAGCCAACCUCAACAACAUGGAUCUGUUGUCUAAACUAGACAGCCAGGAGAAGGCGAGGCUGGAGGAGGAGAGGGACACAGCGCUACAACAGACCCAGGUUCUGCAGGAGGAGGAGAGGGACACAGGGCUACAACAGACCCAGGUUCUACAGGUGGAGGAGAGGGACACAGGGCUACAACAGACCCAGGUUCUGCAGGAGGAGGAGAGGGACACAGGGCUACAACAGACCCAGGUUCUACAGGUGGAGGAGAGGGACACAGGGCUACAACAGACCCAGGUUCUGCAGGAGGAGGAGAGGGACACAGUGCUACAACAGACCCAGGUUCUGCAGGAGGAGGAGAGGGACACAGGGCUACAACAGACCCAGGUUCUGCAGCAGGAGGAGAGGGACACAGGGCUACAACAGACCCAGGUUCUGCAGCAGGAGGAGAGGGACACAGGGCUACAACAGACCCAGGUUCUACAGGAGGAGGAGAGGGACACAGGGCUACAACAGACCCAGGUUCUGCAGGAGGAGGAGAGGGACACAGUGCUACAACAGACCCAGGUUCUGCAGGAGGAGGAGAGGGACACAGUGCUACAACAGACCCAGGUUCUGCAGGAGGAGGAGAGGGACACAGUGCUACAACAGACCCAGGUUCUGCAGGAGGAGGAGAGGGACACAGUGCUACAACAGACCCAGGUUCUGCAGGAGGAGGAGAGGGACACAGUGCUACAACAGACCCAGGUUCUGCAGCAGGAGGAGAGGGACACAGGGCUACAACAGACCCAGGUUCUGCAGGAGGAGGAGAGGGACACAGUGCUACAACAGACCCAGGUUCUGCAGCAGGAGGAGAGGGACACAGUGCUACAACAGACCCAGGUUCUGCAGCAGGAGGAGAGGGACACAGGGCUACAACAGACCCAGGUUCUGCAGCAGGAGGAGAGGGACACAGGGCUACAACAGACCCAGGUUCUGCAGCAGGAGGAGAGGGACACAGGGCUACAACAGACCCAGGUUCUGCAGGAGGAGGAGAGGGACACAGGGCUACAACAGACCCAGGUUCUGCAGCAGGAGGAGAGGGACACAGGGCUACAACAGACCCAGGUUCUGCAGGAGGAGGAGAGGGACACAGUGCUACAACAGACCCAGGUUCUGCAGCAGGAGGAGAGGGACACAGGGCUACAACAGACCCAGGUUCUGCAGGAGGAGGAGAGGGACACAGCGCUACAACAGACCCAGGUUCUGCAGGAGGGAGAGGAGAGAAAGGAGAAGGGGGAGGUGCAGGAUGAGAAGGAGGGAGAGGAGAGGAAGGAGAAGAGGGAGGAGCAGGAAUGGAAGGUGAUGGAGAAGCAGCUUCAGGAGUUGAGGGAGGAGCUGAGGUCCAGGGACAGAGAACUGACGGAGAGUAGAGAGAAGAUCAGACAAUUGGAGGAGGAGAACACUGACAGACUGACUGGGGCGGGGCAGGAGAGAGAGAAGGGAGAGAUGGAUGGAGAGAAGGAGAAGCUAGGAACAGAGAAAGAGACUGACGAGUGUUCUCAUAGUAAUCUACAUAAGGCUGGGUCUGCAGAGGGACUGUCUAUGGAGAAGAACCAGCAUCUUUCCUCUAAGUCUGAGCCCCAGACCCAGGACCUCUCCCCCUGUCCCCAGACCCAGGACCUCUCCCCCUGUACCCAGACCCAGGACCUCUCCCCCUGUCCCCAGACCCAGGACCUCUCCCCCUGUCCCCAGACCCAGGACCUCUCCCCCUGUCCCCAGACCCAGGACCUCUCCCCCUGUCCCCAGACCCAGGACCUCUCCCCCUGUCCCCAGACCCAGGACCUCUCCCCCUGUCCCCAGACCCAGGACCUCUCCCCCUGUCCCCAGACCCAGGACCUCUCCCCCUGUCCCCAGACCCAGGACCUCUCCCCCUGUCCCCAGACCCUGGACCUCUCCCCCUGUCCCCAGACCCAGGACCUCUCCCCCUGUCCCCAGACCCAGGACCUCUCCCCCUGUCCCCAGACCCAGGACCUCUCCCCCUGUCCCCAGACCCUGGACCUCUCCCCCUGUCCCCAGACCCAGGACCUCUCCCCCUGUCCCCAGACCCAGGACCUCUCCCCCUGUCCCCAGACCCAGGACCUCUCCCCCUGUCCCCAGACCCAGGACCUCUCCCCCUGUCCCCAGACCCAGGACCUCUCCCCCUGUCCCCAGACCCAGGACCUCUCCCCCUGUCCCCAGACCCAGGACCUCUCCCCCUGUCCCCAGACCCAGGACCUCUCCCCCUGUCCCCAGACCCAGGACCUCUCCCCCUGUCCCCAGACCCAGGACCUCUCCCCCUGUCCCCAGACCCAGGACCUCUCCCCCUGUCCCCAGACCCAGGACCUCUCCCCCUGUCCCCAGACCCAGGACCUCUCCCCCUGUCCCCAGAGCCAGGGGGAAGUGCUGCGGCUGCAGACAGAGGUUGUGGAGCUGAGAGCCCGGCUGCAGCUGGGAGCAGAGCUGCAGAUAAGGAGUCAGGUGGAGGGGCUCAACAGACAGCAAGUAGAGGAGCUGCUGCUGCUGGCCCAGGAGAGGGAGGAGGCUCUGGGGCAGGAGCAGCGCCGCAAGGCUCAGACUUCACAAGGCCUAGUCCUGGAGCUGGCCUCCGCCAGGGAGGAACUCCACAGCCUGAAGACACGCUACGAGGGCCUGGCCCUGGAGCAUGUAGACAUCCGGGAGGCCCUGGACCACGCCAACAGAGAGACAGCAGAGCUCGGGGUCCACAUCUGCAGGCUCACCGCCCAGAAUGAGGAGGCGCGAGAGCGAUGGGAGGCGCUGUCCACCAGGUUUCAGGAGGAGCUGAACACCAGCAUGACCUCCCUGCAGCAGGAAAACCUCGGCCUGCAGGAGCAGCUGCUGAAGGAGCGGGAGGAGAAGGGGAGGCUGGGGGAAGAAGAGCAAGGAGACAUUAGGGCUCAGAAGGAGGCACAGCAGGAGGAGAUCCAGGCGCUCUGCUAUCAGCUCAGCAACCAGACCAUAAACCACCAGACACAGUUACAGGUUCUGUCUGAGGAGCUGAAGACCGAGAGGUCUGAAGUGGAGGUGGAACAGGAGAAGAAGAUAUACCUGAAGACCAAGCCGGAAGAGAUGGAGAGUGAGAAGCAGGAUCAACUUCUAGAGGAGAACACCAGCUGGAUCACCACAUCACAGAAGAUAAUACACCAGAGAGAGGAGAUGCAACACAACCUCGCCAGGAGUGAAGAGAGCCUGGUUGUGUCUCAGAGGUCCUGUGAGGAGCUGAGGGAGGGACUACGGAAAGCCUAUCAGGACAAACAGAGCUAUGAGCUCCGGACCUCAGCUGAACUGGACGACCUCUACCGUACCAAGAUCAAUCUGGAGGAACGACUCAUAGAACUCAUCAGGGAGAAGGAUGCCUUGUGGCAGAAGUCUGAUGCUCUGGAGUUUGAGCAGAAGUUGAGAGCAGAAGAGCAGACAAAGAGAGAUACCUGCAGCAAUACCUCCCACUGUCUCUCCUGCAGCAAUCCAUUCAGCUGGUGGCUUCACAGACACACCUGCAGACUGUGUGGCCAUGGGUUCUGCUACUACUGCUGCAGUAACACAGUCAGCCUGAUGGAGGGGGGCGCCAGAGAGCACUGCUGCUCAGUCUGCUACAGCCAGCACAGUGCUGUGGUAGAGCGCCAUCCUCAGGAAGAUACCUGUACUGCACCACACACACCCUUCAACCCUCUGCCCCAACCUGGCAGAACCAUGCAACCCAGCAACACAGACCUGGCUGUGCCAAGGGCAGAUGACGGGGCAUAUGACAUCAUAACAGAGGAGGAAGUAAAUGGUGUUUCCAACAGUGACUCUCUCUCCUUCACUACCUGCUCUCCUCACACCAACCCCCAGGGGGCAGCAGAGCUCAACAGUGGUGCCAGUACAGCAGACACCACAUCAGAGGACCUACCUGACCAGACUGGAGCUGUUCAGGAUGCAGAGAUCUGUCUGCUGAGGAGUGGAGAACUCACGUUGUGUGUUCCGUUCAGUGUGGAGGAGAUCGGUGUGUUUGGUGACGGUCUGAGGGAGCUGUUCAUCAGGUCUGGUUGUUACAGCUCCAUCCCCAUUACUGGGUCUACCCUUGGUGCUACCAUACACUGGCUGUUCACCUCACAACCCAAGAGCAUCUCCUUUAGUGUGCUGUACAGAGAGGACACACACACACCUCUGGAGGAGACUAAGGUACUGAUCCCUCUGACUCGUUGUCACUCUCACAAAGAGACCAUGACAGGAGAGCUGAUAGUCAGAAACACUGGAGAAUACACACUCAUCUUCGACAACUCCUUCUCCAGGUUCAUCUCUAAGAAGGUGUUGUAUCGUCUGAGUGUUGAGCAGCCAGUGGUCUACGAUGGAACACAUUGACUGUCUGCAGUGGAGAAG